CAUGUUAUGUAAUCACGAGUCACGAUCUGUUCCAUGUGUUCAGUCCAGGUAAACAGACCUGUCAUUCUUGCACUUUACACCGAAUUUAAAAGAGUUCUUCAUUUAUUUAACCUUCCAAACAAAGCAUUAUACACGAGAAAACCGAGAUCGUGUUGGAAAUCAUCGGUUCUAUUGCGUUUUUUAUCUAAAUCAUACGAGAGCAAUCCUUCAAACGCGAUCAAAACAAUGACUGAACCCCCGAACAAGAAAGCCAAGAAAGAACACAAACUGGACGAUUCAGCUGACGACGACGAUAUACUACGAAGAUACCAUAAGAAGAGAAAGGCUGUUUGUGAGUCGGUCUUGGACUUCAAGUUCAACAAGAAGCGAGUUCGUCUUUUGUCAAAAGUCACCGAGGUGAAUGAUGAUUGUAAGGGAAUUGUUUAUUGGAUGUGGCGGGAUCAACGAGUUCAAGAUAAUUGGGCCUUGCUCUAUGCUCAGAGAUUAGCACUGAAGCAACAAGUACCACUACACGUCUGCUUUUGUCUCCCAAAAACAUUCCUUGAUGCUGCCAUAAGGAAAUAUGGAUUUAUGUUGAAGGGCCUCAAACAUGUUGAAAAGGAAUUAUCUGAGCUCGAUAUUAGUUUUCAUCUUUGUCUUGGUGAACCAGAUAUAGUGUUACCAGAAUUGAUAAAGRAAUUUAACUUUGGUGGUGUGGUGUGUGACUUCUGUCCACUGAGGAAGCCCAUGCAGUGGGUAGACAAACUUAUCAAGGCCUUACCAAAGAGCAUACCAGUAUGCCAGGUUGAUGCUCACAACAUCGUUCCAUGUUGGGAAACCUCUCCAAAGCUUGAAUAUGGUGCUCGAACAAUCCGUCCCAAAAUCCACAAGGUUCUACAGUCAUUCUUGACAGAAUUUCCACCAGUUAUCAAACACCCUGAAACAGACUGGAAGGCAGCCUAUGAUUUCAUUGAUGUAGAUGACACCGUGAAAGAGGUUGACUGGGCUGAACCAGGAACUGAAGCAGGUCUGAAGAUGCUGGAGGAGUUUUGUGCACAGAGAUUAAAGCAUUUUGCUACAUCAAGGAAUGACCCAACAAAGAAAGCUAUUAGUAACCUGUCACCUUGGUUCAAUACAGGUCAGAUAAGUAAUCAAAGGACAAUCCUCAAAAUUAGGGAGUUCAGGGGCAAGUACAAAGAAUCUGUAGAAAGCUUCAUUGAAGAGAGUGUGGUUCGCAGAGAACUUUCAGAAAACUUUUGCUACUGCAAUGACAAUUAUGACUCUAUUGAUGGGACAAAUGACUGGGCUAAGAAGACCCUUGAAGACCAUGCUGGGGAUAAGAGAGAGCCUCUGUAUGACAGAGAAACCCUUGAGACAGCCAAGACUUAUGAUGACCUGUGGAAUGCUGCUCAGAGACAGUUGGUAUGUGAAGGCAAACUACAUGGCUUUUUGCGYAUGUAUUGGGCAAAGAAGAUCCUUGAAUGGACCAAGUCACCAGAAGWUGCUCUGGCUGAUGCGAUAUAUUUUAACGACAAGUAUGCCUUGGAUGGUAUCGAUCCUAAUGGAUAUGUUGGGUGUAUGUGGUCAAUAUGUGGYAUUCAUGAUCAAGGUUGGAAAGAACGACCCAUUUUUGGCAAGAUACGAUACAUGAACUAUAAAGGCUGUCAAAGAAAAUUUGAUGUUGCAGCAUUUGUUAAGCGCUAUAAACCUUAGUUAUAACCGUGAUGAAUACRGAGUUUGUUCAUAGGUGUGUCACUAGAGCGAUUUUUAUGAACCUGUGAAAUUUGAACCACAGCCUAUUGUAAAUAUAUUUGUUUCAAAAUACCAAGGGGUUUUGAAAUAACCCAUGAAAUUCCCCAUGGCCCUGGGCAGUCCAGACAAAUUUUUGUGACUUAUCUCUAAAGGUCAUAAAAUACUGCCAUUUUUUGGGCAAUUUACUCAGUGGAUAGCCUUAUUUCAGUGUCUAAAAAUUCACAAACACCUCUGGUAAAGUAAAGAAUGCACAACUCCAGCAAUACAUACCCUUUGGAAUAAUUACACUGGCCUCCACUUGAACACAUGAAUAUUCUACAAUAAUUCGAAGGUAACCCCUGAGUAAUGGAGAACUCAAAACUGAAAUAUUUGUUUUCAUGCAUUCUGAACCUGUCCUUAGUUUUAUAUUAGUAAGACGUUAAAUAUUGAUGGAUAGAAAAAUUGUUUUCAAA